CUGGUAGAUCACCGAUUCACCUGUGUUUGGUCUGCUUUUGACCCCCAGAUAUUUGCAAAUCCGAACACCCAAUUCCAGGAUCUUCACUGGGUCUCCGCCAUUUCUCAUCCAAAACGACCAGUUUUAGUCCAAUCUUGGAAUUAAGAACUAAUUUCAUGGCUGAUCUUCAUGUUGUACAUACACAGAAUCCUCCCGCCCAGACCCCACUCCUUAACUCAAACCAAAACCACACGCGCCAAGGGCCACAAGAAGAAGAAGGCCAAAAGGAAGAGACUCAUUUGGAGCAGAGCCUCAAGAAGUUGGAAAAGUUUCUCACUUUCCUCGGGUUCAACCAGUCGUCGUUGUGGAGCUCCGCUCUGUCUUGGGCUGCUUUCUUGCUCAUAGGUGUGGCUCUCCCAGUUGUGGUGCUCGAGCUCUCCGACUGUUCGGAUUGCGAGGAGUACCAGAUAAAGGGUUUUGAGCUGGAAAUCGUGGCCUCGCAGGCGUGCCUCGCCGCUGUCUCUUUGCUCUGCCUUUCCCACAAUCGUCGCAAGUAUGGGAUCCGGAGGUUCCUAUUCGUUGACCGGUUCAGUGGCAAAAUGGCACGGUUUCAUGACGAUUACGACAAGCAGAUUUGGGGUUCUUUACGCUUGCUCAUUUAUUGGGGACUGCCAUGUAUCAUUCUGAAGACUGCACGUGAAGUUAUCCGCGUAAUAUAUGUACAUCAUGAAUCAUGGUGGCAGUCAGUUGCCAUUAUAUUAGCUUUGAUUAUAUCCUGGACUUAUGUGAGUAUGAUCUCACUAUCAGCCAGCGUUUUGUUUCACUUGGUCUGCAAUCUGCAAGUUAUCCACUUUGAUGAUUAUGGGAAGCUCUUGGAAAGAGAAUCUGAUGUAUUGCUUUUUAUGGAGGAGCACACUCGUUUGCGGCAUCAUCUCUCUAAGAUAAGCCACAGAUUCCGAAUCUAUCUGCUUUUAGAGUUCUUUGUUGUCACAGCAAGCCAAUUUGUGACCCUGCUGCAGAUCACAGCGUAUCGUGGAGCAAUCACUUUAAUAAAUGGCGGUGAUUUUGCAGUGUCCACGAUUGUUCAGGUUGUUGGGAUUAUUCUUUGCUUGCAUGCAGCAACAAAAAUUUCACAUAGAGCUCAAGGCAUUGCAUCUCUUGCAAGUAGAUGGCACGCUUUUCUAGCAUGCAGUUCAACAGAUUCAUCGUGCAACAGAGUUUCCAAUAAUGUGGGGAACUUGGAGGCUGCGAUUCAUUUAAACUCCAUAGAAAUAAAUUACUCUGAAAGUGAUUUGGAGUCAUUGGAUUAUGGUCCGAUUCCUACAAAUGCUCAACUGGCUUCCUAUAUGUCCUCGUAUCACAAGAGACAGGCCUUUGUUACAUAUUUGCAGACCAAUCCUGGAGGGAUCACGAUUUUUGGAUGGACAGUUGAUAGAGGUCUUAUCAACACCAUAUUUUUUAUUGAGCUCACUUUGGUUACUUUUUUGCUCGGAAAGACCGUGGUUUUCACUUCAGAGUGAAUUUUCCUUUACGCCAUGGUUGCUCUUUCCUUCACACCACAUCAGCAACAGGAAAUCGAACGUGCUUAUUUCACAUAGAAAGCUCCAGCUUCUGUUGGAACCUGUCAAUAUUUCAUCUCAUGUGGUUGAUGCAACGAAGGUAACCGGUUCAGUGGGGCCAGAGUAUCGGUCUCUUUUUAAGUUGCAAGCAACAACAUAUACAACUCAGCACAUCACAUCGCAGACCAGACUGGGCUUCUAUUAGGUUUUGAUCAUGUUUUAUAUUGUGAAAUAUAAUUCACGUUUUUAUUCUUGAGGCCCAAGGUUUUAGGAAGAUUUUAUUAUCUUCGGAUAAUUAAGCUCUCUUUCUCGUUUCACUUAUGAAAUAGGAGAAAAAGGGACGACGGCAAUGUAUAACAAGCGUUGAUAAAUGAAAAUGGUGCCAGAGAAACUCCACUAAUUGCAAAACAAACAAACAAAAAAAGAAAUCUGGACAUUGCAACCGAGUUCUUUCUAGAGGGAUUGUAUAAUUGUUGUGAAUAUACAUGGGCGGAUUCCAGGGUCUCUUUCCCAUUAAUGCAGAUGACACAAUUGCUGAGAAGGAAACAAGCAAACCUUGUCACGUGGUCACUUGAAAUUUAUGUUGCUGAUUGGGAUAAGAGCCCGUGAUAUAUCUACCUCCUUCUGACUCGGUUCUUUUAAAGGCCCAAAUCUCCAGCAAAGCUCUAACAUGUACCACGUUGUUGCCUUCUGUGACAAAGGCCAAUACAUAGAGACAUUUGAGAAGGCAGCUUCCACCUCAGAGAAUCAGUGUUCGUCAAACCUGUGCUCUUGAUAAGGCUCGAACAAUCGGUCAAUGAAUGAGCAAGGGUUACAGAUAUACAGCAACGUCAAUGUGAAUGAUAAUAAAUUUUAAAAAAUUAAAAAAAAAAAUUUAAAAUUUAAAAUUUAAAAAUAAAUUU